UUCGCAUUCGAUUACUGAGCGAUCAGUUGAGGCGUUACAGUUUUUCUAACUGUGUGAGAGUGAAAGUGAGAAAGUCAGCUGUAGUGUUUAAUGUGUUUUGUAUCUUCAGUAUAUUAUAAGUUAUACAUAGUCGAAUUAAUGAAGGUGGUUAAUUAAAAAGGUCUACUGAUGGAAGUAGAUGGAAUAAACGGAAAUACAAUGGAGUAGACUGGAAACAUAUCGAGCCAAGAUUUCUAGUGCAGACCUGGGUAUACAUUGGAAAUGAGUUCUGUGAAUCCCAAAGGGCGAGCGCCCCUGAACCUGAAGCGUAAAGGCAACAGGACUGUGCCUCUUAAUGAGAGGGUGCAGCUGGACAAGGUGUUGGGUCUGACCGUGUCGUCCAAUGCCAGCGUGCGGACGAGCGAGGCUACGGGACUGGUCGCCUACCCUGCAGGAUGUGUGGUGGUGCUGUUCAACCCGAAACGCAACAAGCAAUCAUUCCUGAUCAACGCCAGCAAGAAGUCCAUCACAAGCCUCGCAUUCUCUCCCGAUGGCAAGUACCUCGCUACCGGAGAGGCGUUUUCGCCGAACAACAAGUAUGUCGUGUCGAUCGGCAGCCAACACGACAUGAUAGUGAACGUGUGGAACUGGAGGGCUGGCACCAAGGUCGCGUCGAACAAGGUCGCAUGCAAGGUGAAAGCGAUCUCAUUCGCCGAGAAUGGCAGCUACUUCGUUACCGCCGGCAACAGACACGUCAAGUUCUGGUACCUGGACGAUAGCAAAAAUUCCAAGGCGGUGGACACGGUGCCUCGCUUGCUGUUGAACUCGCAGAGCAGGCCCGACUGGCUGAUCGUGUACGUGCUGUCGCACAUCUGGCCGCGGCCGCACGCGACGUCCCAGAAGAAGUUGUUGCGCUGCUCGCCGAGGAUCGCCGAGCGUCCGAGCGACACUCACCCUGACACCCCGACACUCACCCUGACCUCUACCUCCCCCCCUGACCUCUACCUUGAGUGUCGGGGAGGUAGAGGUCAGGGUGACCGGUUGCUUGCGUCUGCGAGCAGGGACCGUCUCAUACACGUGUUCGACAUGGACGAGGACUACGCGUUCCAGCAGACGCUCGACGACCACUCAGCGUCCAUCACGGCCGUGCGCUUCACGCAGGCGCCGCAGAGCGAGCUGAAGAUGUUCAGCUGCUCCGCCGACAAGUCGAUCAUAUUCCGCACGGCGCACUACCAGCCGGACCUGCAGUUCGUUAGGAACCACCACGUCUUCGGCAAGACGACCAUGUACGACCUUGACAUUGACCCGACCAGCAAGCACAUCGUCACCGCGUGUCAGGACAGAAACAUCAGGGUGUACGACAUCGCGACGGGAAAACAGAGGAAGUGCUACAAGGGUUCGACGGGAGAAGAUGGAGCCUUGAUCAAGCUGAGUCUGGAUCCGUCGGGUCUCUACAUCGCGACUAGCUGCUCCGACAAGAACAUCUGUCUCUUCGACUACUCGUCGGGCGAGUGUGUCGCCGUCUCCUACGGUCACUCUGAGCUGGUCACCGGCCUGCGCUUCACCAACGACUGCAAGAACCUCAUCUCAGUGUCCGGCGAUGGCUGCAUAUUCGUGUGGAAGCUGAAUCCGGACCUGGUGCGGAACAUGCAGAUUCGUCUCGCUCAGCUCGGCAAGAUGAUGAACAGGAACGCGCAGCGUGACCUCAGACGAACGACGUUUCUGAAAAUUCCGAACACGAUCAUGUCGGAAACGGAACCCGGAUCGGACGAGAGUUCCGAGGGAGACGACACGAUCUCCAUGCUCUCUGGACACUCGGCCAACUGCAACAUUCCGCCGAAGAUCCCGGAGGAUUCUUCUGAGGAGACUCCCGACUGUAGGUUCAGCAUGGGACAGGUGCCAUCUUGGGCGCAGAAACAGAUGUCCGGGGAGGGCGUACUCGUCAAGAACUCGACGACUGACGACAACAGCCCGCGUCACCAGCCCAGGGGGCGCUGGGGUCAGCAGGGCACCGAGGUCAAGGUGAGGUCGAUAUGGGACGACGAGCAGCUACAGCAGCAGCAGCAGCAGCAGGGCGGCGGCGGCGGCGCGCAGGACUCGCCCGGCGUCUCCCCGAUACCGGCAGCCAUCGUGAAGCGGCGAGAGACCUUCUCCGGAACGCCGAACUCCCGGCACCGACACGUGUCCGCUGACAGCAGCGAGGAUGAGGAGGCGUUGAUGAACGCGAGGAACGCUCACACAAGCUUCUCUCCCGUCAAGCAGCGGCGCAUCAGCGACAACUACGCCGCGUCGCCACGCUACGGAGGCCUGCUGAUGAGCAGGGCAGCCGCCAAGAGCUUGAUGAACCUCAGCAGCAUCAGCAACACGAGCAACACGAGCAGUGAGCGACAGAAGCUGAGCAAGCUCGAUCUCUCCAAUCUCGCCAAGAGCCUCACCGACCUCAGCAGCUUUGACCUUGACGACCUUAGCAAGGACGCCGGCGAUCAGCCAAUCGUCUUCCAGCUGCCGAACGAAGACGACAGCAGUGGCGAGACGUCGUACAAGGUCGUGGAGAUAACAGCGGCCGUGCUUAGAGAGGCUCUGAAGCAGCCCAACCAGCAGCUGAAGGCUGGCUCAGCACGCCACGAGAACACGGAGUCGCCGUCGGACGAGGAGACGACGACGGAUCAGGGCGAGUCGACGGACGUCGGCGAGGACAGCAGCAGCACGGUGACGAGCGCCUCGAUACCCACAACACCCUCCAAGGUCAACAAACAGUUCUUCGGCGCCCACCUCGAGAAGGAUCACAUGGACAAGGAGAAGUUCAUCAAAAGCCAGUACGAGAGCGGCGGCGGCGGCGGCGGCGGCGGCGGCGUGUCGAACCUGCUCACGUCACAGGAGAAGUUCGGACAGUCGCUCGACAAGAUGGAGCGUCGCAUGGAGAGCCUCGUCUCCGCCACCGAUGCCGCCGACCACAGGCUGAGCAUCUCGUCUCGUUUCCUGCAGCGAUCGCAGCAGAGCAGCGCCAGGCAACUCGGGUAUGUGGCAGCAGACCAGUCGUCUGGCGAACAAAAGUUAUUCCAAAGAGAUUCUACACCCGAUGCUGUGUUUCAAAAGCGAACUGAGGAGCUUGGUAAAGCCAUGGAAGCAACGAAAAAGAGACUGAAAUCUCUCGGCUGGAGGGGCAGCGAGAAGGAUCUUUCUGAGCAGACGAUACCGGAGAAGGAGAGGGACGGUGGGUACGAGCGAGAAACGCCGUCACCGCCCACCAAGGACACGACUGCGGACACGGACCUCACCCGCACCAAGUCCCUACCGGACGUGUCGACGAUCGGCCACCACCGCCGGCGCCCCCUGCCGACGACGCACGGCGACGGCGAGAGCGCAUACGUGCCUGGUAAAGCAACGACGCGGCGCACUAACAAACCUGCAAACUUGCGCUUAGGUGCGCCGUCAACGGCAAGGAGACAUGCGCCGCCCUACCACCAGCCAUGA